AGCAUUAUGUCCAUUUUGUAGACCAGAAAACUGACACCUGACUUAGUGAGAAAGGUGGGAUUAAAAUUGGGGCGUUCCUGGCUCCUGAUCUUGUGUUCAGAUUGUCCUAAUAAACACCACGUAGGUUUUUUAAUAUAAACAUUAAUAAAAAUAACUAUUUUUUUAAAAAUAAUUAAAAAUACAAAAACAGGUCAAUAAUAAAGAGAGCAAAAUAGGAUUCAUGCUUUAAAAUCAUAAAGAGCACUAGGUAGGUAUCUGUAGUUGAUAAGCAUGGUGCUGGCAGUAGUAACUGAAUAGUGCUCCCUUAUGACACCUAUUAAGGUAUAAAAAUGUUCCCUCUCUGGACUUCUCUCCCCCAUAAUCCCAGCAUACUGUUGAAAGGCCAUGGACUAAUGCUCACUGGCAAACUGAAAAGAUGGAUGAGUGACUAACAUAGUUUUUCAGUGUUGAGAAAGACAGGGCUCUAAAAUGAACUGGGCAAAUGUUCGCUGUAUUCUUGGCUUCCUUUAGUGAGGGUGAAGUGUGUGACCCCAGCUUUUUAUUUCUUCUCACUGGUCUCUAGUUAUUGUUUUGAUAUAACUAAGCUCCUGUACAAAAUGAAAUUACAAUGUGAACCACAGCUCAAUCUCAAUGUGAACACCAGUGUAAUUUUCAGGAUUUGAUUGGCUUUGAAGUUCUUAAUCAGUUUCUGAUGCAAGCUUGCUGAAUGCGCCAGAGUUAUUCAUUUAUUUUAAGCUUUAAGGGGUUAGUUCAGUCGAUUUUCUGUAGUAUUUAAAUUGCUGUUCUAACUAAAGUUAUUUAAAUUUUUUAUUUUUAUUUUUUUAAAGUCUAGUUUCUGUGUUAACAUUUUUUAUUUGUAGUGCUUGUACAGAACUGAGAGGCUUGAGUUGCUUGGUAGUAUAAUUUCAGUGAGGCUAAUUCAAACCCUGGACUGUGUGAAAAGUACUAAGUAUGUGCCGAAGUAUGGAAGGUAAUAUGCAAAUCCAUUGAAAGAAAUAAUCAAAAAUAGCACACAUUAUCAGACAGACCAGGAGGCAUUGUCCGUUACUUGCCAAGAAAUAAGUUUUGGUUUAUGUGGAAAUUGAAAUUGCAUUGAAUUCUGGAGGAUAUUAGUGAAAGUAAAUUUGGCAAAACUUCCCUGUAUCUAAUAUAUGUUAAUUGCACACCGAGAGAACAUUAGUGUAGUUAGAUACAGGUAGACAAAAGUUACCUGGGAUACAAAAUCCAGUUGUAAAGGCAACAAAAGUCAAAAGUGAGUAAUUAUUUAGAUACUAAGGGAAGGACAGAGAUUGAUUCUUACCUUUUUUUAAUUCCCCUUGUCAAGAGUUUAAAACUGAUAACUAGUACAAGAACCCAAUUUUUCCUCUCAUUAUUUUAGAUUUAGGGAAACUCCCUCCCUUUUCUCCCCUCCAACCCCCCCUCCAAAAAAAAUCCUGGAAAAAUUCACUAGUGCGUGAGAAUAAAAGGGUCUAAUCUUAAUAGAAUAGAAUAGGUCUAUUAUUAAUUUGUAAGAACUAUUUCAUUCGAUUUCUUCUAAGGUAGAAUUGGAAGAGAAUUAGCACAGAAAUGUUUCAGUGCUUUUAAUGUAUGCAAUGUUAUUGAAGUCAUAUCAGUCCCAGGUUAUUAGAGAGACAAAGUGGGUGAGGUAAUAUCUUUUAUUGGACCAAAUUCUCUCACCAACAGAAGCUGGUCCAAGAAAAGACAUUACCUCACCCACCUUGUCUCUCUCGGCACUUUUAAUGACACAGGAAUUGGAAUCUCUUACGUUUAGAUCUAAUGGUCAAAAAUGCAGGUUUUAUGGCAUUCAGUAAAAAUAAAUAAACUGAAAUGUCUCAUUUCACAGUGAAAUUAAACUGUUUGUGGUAACUGGAAACACCUUUAGGCUCCUUAUGGUGUCAGUCAUUGGUUGCUAAGAAUUGGAUCCAAGCCAUCCUUUCAGACCUUUGCCAUCUCACGGCGAUGGAUAAUAAUGGAUAUAUGUACCAGGGAACAGUAUAUGGUCACAAACCAAUAGUAUUUGAAAAAUGUAAAAGAAAUUAAAAUUGGCUUCCAAAAAUCAAAAUCAAAAUAUUUCCAAAUUGUGUCUCAUGCAGCUGUGCCUCUUCAAAACUGAGCGUUUCCCUGCUUCUUACAGCUUGCUGUAUUUUAGAACUGCUAUCUUUCUGCAUUUGAUUGCAACUUUAAAAAUAUCUGAUCAGAGCUACAGAUUGUUCUUUACAAUAUGGAUAUCAGACUAUGCAUACUUUGAACGCUUUGAGCACAUAAAUAUGGAUAUACUGUAUGCAUGUACAUGUGUAUAUUUGUGCCAGAUCCAAACUUGCCCAUAUUAUAAAGUAUUGGCCUGAAAGUGUAUUUGUGUGACACUUUUAUAACCCCUCAAUUUUUGCCAUUCCCCCAAAUUUUGAGACACUUUAUGAUGCAUUUUAAGUGACAAAUAGCCCAAUUAUAUCAUUUUUAUUACCACAUUUGAAUAUAUUGGUGUGUGUAUAAACACAUUUGUAUAUAUGUAUAUACAUAUGUAUGUUUAUACAUACAAGUAUGUUUUUGCUAUACAGGUAAUAAAGAUGGGGGAAGGUUUUUGUGUUUUCUUAAUAGGUGAAGAAAUCUUGAAGACCAGAAAUUGGAACUUAUUGAGUUUUAAAUUAAAAAAAAAAAAUUUAAACUGUCCGGCUGUGGAAGAUGGAUCUUCAUUUUUGCAGCCGCUUUGACUCACAAGUUCAUCUUUAAAUGAACUGUUUUUUGAAGAGCUAACUAACCCUCGCUGUCUCCAGUCUGACAGAGAGUAUUCAAAUGGACUUUCUUCCUCCAGUAGUUGUAAGAUGUUUAAAAGCACAGCCUGUGUCUGAAUUGUGGAUGAGAGAUUUCCUUGGCAAUGUGAGGAGAAAAUUCUUUCUAUCCCUUUAUUAUUAAUUCACGGAUUGAGUGUUGGUUCGGCCUACAGGAGAAAUUAAUUGGAAGUCUUUGAAGACCAACGUUCUUGCCGAGGUUAUCCAGACAAAACUCAUAUGACUUGAAAAUACUUCAGAACUGGGAUUUUUUUUGGAACUGGUCAGUUUCAAGGUUACUUUUUAAAGAAGAUUUCACUGAUCACGUCUGAAGAAGAAAGGGUGAAGCCCGUUUUCACUAAGAGAGGAAGAAGUCUGUGUGGAGCAAUAGCCCUGAUAACUUGAGCUUAUUCUAACAAUCUGUCCAGCAUGUCUAAACAAGGAGAUGAUUGCUACUUCUAUUUCUAUUCCACGUGUACCAAGGGGGACAGUUGUCCCUUCCGUCAUUGUGAAGCUGCACUGGGAAACGAGACUGUCUGCACACUCUGGCAGGAAGGGCGCUGCUUCAGGAGUAUCUGCAGGUUUAGGCACAUGGAGAUUGAUAAAAAACGCAGUGAGAUCCCUUGCUACUGGGAGAAUCAGCCAGUUGGCUGUAAGAAAUUAAAUUGCGCUUUCCAUCACAACAAGGGACGCUAUGUCGACGGACUCUUCCUACCUCCAAGCAAAACUGUGCUGCCAAGUAUGACUGAGUCUGUAGAAGAGGAGGUGAAGGUGACCCAGAUCUCGCUGCAGCAGAAUAAACUGUCUGUCCAGUCCAACCCCUCCCCCCAGCUGCGGGGGGUGAUGAAAGUGGAAAACUCUGAAAACGUUCCCAGCCCCACUCAUCCUCCAGUCGUAAUCAAUGCUGCAGAUGAUGAUGAAGAUGAUGACGAUCAGCUUUCUGAAGAAGGAGAUGAAACUAAAACACCUGUUCAACAGCCAGCUACAGAAACCCAUAAUGGAUUGCGGAUAAUUUCUACUCGGAAAUCCAGUGCUAAUUCAAAACAAGAUAACAGUUUGAAUUUUGGAAUAAAAACACUUGAAGAAAUCAAGUCCAAAAAAAUGAAGGAAAAAUCACAAAAACAAGGUGAAGGCCCCUCUGGAGUUUCUGUUUAUCCCCUCCAAUCCCAGACCAUUCCUGGUCCGGAAAAGGAAAACCUACGGACGGUGAUCAGGACUGUUACCUUGUCUGCAAAGCAAGGUGAGGAGCCUCUGAUUCGAUUGAGUCUCUCGGAGAGACUAGGAAAACGGAAACCCUCCAUAGAUGAAAGUGGCCCUCCAUUGAAGCGUAGCCUUGCUGAAAGGCUGGGAAAGAAGCUUGAAUCUCUGGAGAAGACUGACAAAGCACCAAAGAGAGUUCAAGUCCCCAAGUCUCUUAAGGAGAGGCUAGGAUUGCCAGCUGAGCAGACUAGCACGGAGACAGAGAGAGCUGCAAAACCAGCAGGUGAGAUCCGUGUGAAAACACUAGAAGAAAUCCGUCUUGAGAAAGCCAACCAGAGACGGGGAGAACCUCAAACCAAACUCAAGACUGAAGAGACUUGUAGAACAGAAGAUCCUAAUCCAAGGGUGAAACCUUCCCCAACAAUUAGAAUCAAAACCUUUUCUGAGGUUCUGGCUGAGAAAAAAAACAGGGAGUUAGGGGAGGAAGAUCAGCUAAAAGUGGAGGAAAAGCUAAAAGCGGAGGAAAGUCCUACCAAGCCGAAGACUGAGAGUGAGCCCAAGAAGCAGGGCACUGCAGCUCCACCUAUAGCCAGCAAAGGGCAGCUGGAGGAGUCAACAGGCAAAGCCAUGUCAAUAGGGGAGGUGCGCAUUAAAACAUUGGAGGAGAUCAAGCAGGAGAAAGCUCUGAGGAUGCAGCAGAGUGGAGAGAACACCCUAAAUACGCCGCCGCAACCUGAGCUUACUCCCACCGGGAGGAGAUUACUGCGCAUUACAAAGCUGACAGCACCUGGAAGAGAAGAAAAGAAGUUGGUGGAGUCGAGCAUUCCGCCCCUCAGAGCUGGCCCAACAGACAAGGCUGCAGAGUCUUCAGAUGAGAGUGCAAACAACUCUACAGUUCAAAUGAAGAGUUCUCAAGAAAUAGUGAGGGAGAAGCGGCAGCUGAAGCCACGGCAGAAGGAGAAGCUCCAGAAGGAAAUAUCUGCUAUGUCAUCCCCUGGAGAAGAAACGAUUGAAGAGAAGAGCCCAGUGGCCGGAAGUCCUGAAUCCACUGUGACGCCUGGGGCAACUCGUCGGUUGACAAAGAGACUGACUGUGAAAUCAGAGGAAGCAGUGAUGGAAAGUCCAGGAACAGAGGGUUCAGUACUACCAGUGAAACAUGCAGCUCAGUCUCUGGAGCGAAAGGCUAAAGCCAAACCCAAGGUGACUGUGAAGCCAUCAGGCGUGAAAACCAUCUCCCCUGCAAAACAGGCCCUGAAACGUAAGGUGGCUGAAAGUCAUCCUUCUGCCAUAGCAGCUGUGAAACCACUAAGCAGCACUAGCAGUGACUUGAAGGAGCUCCCAGCUAAAAAAGCAGCUGUGACUACUGUUCUAGCCGUGCCAGAGGAUAGUCCGGCCACUGUACCGGAGAGAGCAAAAUCCAGAGACAGCCCUGAGUUGCAUAUAGGAAGCCAAGCAGCCUCUGUGGCUCAAUCAGAGAUGUCAAGCCCAACCUCUUCACAGGCAGCAGUCAAGACCCGCAGGCUGAGCUCCACCACAGCUGGGAAAGCACCCUUAUCCGUAGAAGAUGACUUUGAGAAGCUGAUUUGGGAAAUCUCUGGAGGCAAACUGGAAGCAGAGAUUGAUCUGGACCCAGGGAAAGAUGAGGAUGACCUCCUGCUUGAACUAUCUGAAAUGAUUGACAGCUGAACCAGACUUAUACUUACCUUUUAAAACAAAAAACAUUUUAAACUCUAUUUUGUUGGAUACCCAAGAUAAACCUUUUUCUUCUAUAUGAGGCUUUGCCACAAGUCUUUAAGUACACUUGAACUGAUAGAAAUUGGCAAUAUCUGCACUCAAUUGUCGUUAAUUUCCCUGCAGGUCAGAGUUAAGAGCCUGUGUACGCAUCCUGUUUCCACAGGCGGCUAUUUUGAAUAUGUGAGGACAAAGCACUUCAGAGUUUCAGGCCAGAAAGAUCCUGGAGCCCAUCUAUAAAGCCUGGGGGUGUAAACUUCUUCCACUGAUUUAAGGCUGUGAAGGCUUUAAAAAAAAAAUUUUUUUUUUUCUCAGCAAGGUGUGCAAAACUCAGUGUGUUUCAAAGCUUUUGGCAACUCUUGAGUUGUAUUUGUCCUUCUUGUUUUAACAUUCUAGCAAAAAAUAAUGAAAAAGUGGGGAGAGAAGGAUAAUUACUACAGUAAUGUGGGCCAAACAUACUGCCAAAGGUGCGGGAUCGGGUUAGUCCAUCCAGCCUUACUUCCUUUUAAUUAUCAGGGACAACACAAUAUCAGUAUGGAAAGCAGCAGCUAUACAGUACACGAAGACUGCCUUCCUCCCUUUGAAUCAUACUGUUCUAAAUCUUGGGGGGUUGGUACUUUUUGUUGACUGAGUAAGGUCCUGGGGCAACUGGUGUAACCCCUCUUGGUCUGCUGCACAUCAGUAAAUUGAAAAUGGGUCUUAAAAGUGCCUCUCAUUUCCAAGAAUCUCUUCCCUCUUCUGCUGACUUUUCUUCUACUGAGAAGCGGUAGCUGCUGGCACUGAUGGGGAAAACACUUUUAGCUUUCUUUGAACCCCAAUUCGCUGUAUUGGCUUGUUUGAUUUGAUGUAGCACUAUGCUGGAAUUCAGCCAAUAGGAAGCAUGUGUCAAGUCAGGCAAGUCUUAGAAGUGUCAGAGCAAACUCUGUUCCCGCCCCUGUCCUGUGGAUACCUUUCUCUCUUCUCACCCUUCAUUUCUCUAUAACUCCCCCCUCCUCCGGCCUGAACUAAUUAUUUAGGAAGUACACACCUGGGGUUGGGAUGUUAGGAAAACUAGUCUUCUGUGCUUGACAGUCCAUUUGUCUGAACUGUGUACAUGGAGAGAAUGAUUGAGAUUGGGGUGUAUUGUGUAUCCCAUCACCUAUGUUCAUUUUGACCAUAA